AUGCAAAUUUUCUCCAGACAUACUAAUUGUCGGGUGGAGAACAUAGGCAUAGUUUUUGAGAUCCACUAUAUAGGUCAAAGUUUUUCAGAACUCUCAUUGGAAAUGGUGUCAAAACAAGGCAUAUGUCAAUGUUUGUUAUCAUCAGCGACAAGUACUAUGACCAGGGAACCACCAAACUUGUUGAGGUUAGAAUUGAAAGAAGAAACAAUUAUAAGAAUGGCAAUUACAGUUCGAACAAGGACUGAUGAAUCAAUAAGUGUACUAUGUUAUGUUGGAACUUGCAUGGAUUUCUUCACAUUUAUUUAUAUAGGUAUAUUGGGUGUUCAGUGGUCAAAUGACCACUCGAUAGCUUGGAGGGGGGAAAGUGAUUUAUUCGAACGACAAGCCUCUGAUGGAGAUACUCUUCUGGAACAUCCAAAGUUUCAAGCAACAACGGAGGAACUUGAUUCGUUUCUUAGACGGAGACAUACCUGA